GGAGGGAGGGAUGGAUGGAGGGAUGGAUGGUGUCAUCCUUAGGCUACCGAGAGAGAGAGAGACGGAGGACCUGCUGGGCGACUUAAACUUAGAGCUGGGCUGCUUCUGCGGCGGCAAGGCGAGGCAGAGGAUUGCGCGCUCCGGAUCCCACCACUCCCCACUGCCUGCUGCAGCCGCCGCGGGCCAAGGCGAGGGGCCGCGCUCCCCCCCUUUCUCCCCCGGGCAUCAGAGGCAGAGGCGGAGCUGGCUGGCUCUCCUUCCCCGGCCCGCCUCCCUUCCUCCCUCCCUCCGCCUUUCUGCGGCUCCAGCAGCUCCGCUUCGGCUCUCGGCUCCCUCCAGCGCGCCUGGAAGAUGUGGGCACCGGCCGCCGCGGGGGCUCUGGCCCUGGCCGGGGCCGCCGUGCUGCUGGUGCGGCUGCUGUGGCCGCACGCGUGGGCCGACCUGGCCUUCCUGCUGCGCGCCUGGCGCUGCCGCCGCCGGCUCCUGCGAGACUCCGGCAGCCUGGCGCAGCGCUUCAGCCGCCUGGCCCGCGCCCGCCCCGGGAAGCUCUUCUUGCGCUUCGGCGAGCGCAGCUUCACCUACGAGCAGGCGGAGCGCCGCGCCAACCGCGUGGCCAACGCGCUGCGCGGCUGGCCCGGCGGCGGCGGAGAGCCGCUUCUGCCCGGCCACACGGUGGCGCUCUUGGUGGGCAACGAGCCGGACUUCAUCUGGGCCUGGAUCGGCCUGGCCAAGCUGGGCGUCGUGCCCGCCUUCCUGGGCACGGCGCUGCGCCGAGGGGCGCUCCUCCACUGCCUGCGCGCUUGCGGCGCCCGGGCGCUCCUGAUGGCUCACGAACUGUUUGAAGCUGUGGAUCAAACUCUUCCCAGCUUGGAGGAAAUGGGCAUCGCCGUCUGGGUGCUGGGAGCGGGCCCCUACCCUCCUGGCGUGACCAGUCUGCAGAGCCUCUUGGAGGAAGCUUCGGAUGAGCCAGUGCCUUCUGAACUCUCCACUCCCAGCAAGAUGUCGGACACCUGCCUCUACAUCUUUACCUCCGGCACCACAGGACUCCCCAAGGCCGCCCGCAUCAGCCACCUCAAAUCCAUCAUGUGCCUCGGUUUCUACAACCUGGUGGGGGGGACCAGCUCGGACGUGAUCUAUGUGGCUCUGCCCCUGUACCACAUGUCGGGGUCUCUUCUGGGGAUCAUCGGCACCCUGGGCGUCGGUGCCACUUGUGUGUUGAAGAAGAAGUUCUCCGCUAGCCAGUUUUGGCCCGACUGCCGGCACUACGGAGUGACCAUCUUCCAGUACAUUGGCGAGCUGUGCCGUUACCUGGUUAACCAGCCGCAGAGUCCCCGAGACCGGGAGCACAGCUUGCGCAUGGCCGUGGGCAGCGGUCUGCGCCCAGACGUCUGGCGUGAAUUCUUGCGCCGCUUCGGGGACGUGCGAGUUGUCGAGACAUAUGGAAUGACGGAGGGCAACAUCACCUUCUUCAACUACACUGGCACCCUGGGCGCCGUUGGGCGUGCCUCCUGGCUUUAUAAGCUCUUCGGCGCCUUCGAGUUGGUCCGAUACGAUGUCCUGCAGGGGUCUCCACUGAGGGACGAGGCGGGCCGGUGCCAGCGUGUUGUGCCAGGGGAGCCAGGGCUCCUGAUCGCCCCCGUGACACCACAGACGCCGUUCCUGGGUUACGCCGGAGGGCGCGAGCUGUCCGAAGCCAAGCUGCUGCGCGGGGUGUUUGCCGACGGAGACACCUAUUUCAACACCGGCGAUCUGAUGGUGCAGGACACCCGCGGCUUCGUCUCGUUCUGGGACCGUACGGGCGACACCUUCAGGUGGAAGGGUGAAAAUGUGGCCACGACGGAAGUGGGUGAGAUUCUGGGCGCCCUGGAGGGCAUACAGGAUGUCACCGUUUAUGGCGUCGCUGUCCCAGGGCACGAAGGCCGAGCAGGGAUGGCCGCAGUGGUGCUGCAGCCGGGGUGGGAGUUUGAUGGAGCCCAGCUCUACACGCACGUGGUGGAGUGCCUGCCGCCGUAUGCCCGGCCCCGGUUUGUCCGAACUCAGGACUGCCUGGAGCGGACAGAGACCUUCAAGCAGAAGAAGGUUCGCCUGGCGACCGAAGGCUUUGACCCAACGCAGAUCCCCGAGCCCCUCUAUUUCCUGGACGACGCUGCUAAGAUGAACAGCCUGCCACUGUGAAAUUUAAAAAAAUGAAAUUAAAGCAGAAGUAAUGCCACAUAGCAGCAAGCAUUAAAGGACAAAAGGCAGUUCUUAAAGCCAGUUUUGCUGAGGAAGUAGCAAGAUCACGGCUCCGUGGAAUACUUGACAGCAGCCAAGUAGAUGGACAGUGGACCAUAUUUAACCAGUCAGCCCCGUCAGAGGGAACACUGCUAGGCAGGGUGAGGCCAAUUCAGUGCAAAGCAGCAUCCGCUUCAGUGUAAAAAGUGAGUUUUAUUUGCUACUGCCUUCAGGGCAUGAUGCAGCAGGGAUUUUGAGUUCACCAAAGAACCUUUUCCUUGCCCUGAGGGUCUCAGAAUCCAAAACUCAUCACAGCAGUGGAAGGGAGCCAGAACAGAUUGAAGCAAGGAUCCUCUAGUGAGAGAGCUUAAGGAAUGGUCAGUGAUGGAUGCUGGUGAUGGAUUUCAAACCUCAGAACCUGCAGGAGAGGAGGUGGACGUUGAGCCUAUGUGGCAGGCCGAGGAGCCUGAGCAUCCAUAGUCCACCGUGGAGCAUGUGACUGGGUCUGACCUCCGUAGCCGCUUCUGGUUUGGGUUGGCUUUUGGGGCAUGGACAUCUUGCCUUGAGAGAGAGGACCGUGGCUCUCCCGGUCCAGUGUCCUGGUGACUGCUGGGCGGAAUGAAAGAGCAGCUGUUAAUUCCAGAUCAACUGGUGUGGAUUGCAAGGCUAUCGUGAAACAUUAUUUCAAGUGGUUUAGUUGUUAAUUCAAAGUCACUACAGUCAUACUAACUGCCCAAAGCUAACUGCCCAAAGACACUAAAGGUAACGUAGCUCUACAUUUAGAGCUAUGCUUUUUAGCCUAAAAUUUCUCAUUAUACAAAAACCAUUCACUUGGGGAAAUAGUCAACAUUCCAGUCCUAAUAGAAAACUAGUCAUCAGGUAUAUCUUGUUUGCUUUUUAAAACUCUAUUAUUUUAACUCCAAUAUAUAAUUAACCCCUUUCAUAUGGAUUUAAAUCCUCUCUCUAAUCCUUAAAUUGGAGGAACAAUGAACGCCAGUUUAGAGUAGCUAGACUCAAUGAAUUCUCUCCAAAAUACCCAGCAAAACAUAAGCAUUUUGAAAAACAUCCAAGUGCAAAGGGUAUGGGCAAGAUGAUUUGCUAGAGCUGAGCUGAAUCAAAAUGGGCGGGGGGAGAAAGGAGUGGUUUUAUUUCAAUAUUCGUGACCAUUGGCAAGGACUACAUGUGAAGGUAAUAUCACUACUAUAACAAAUAGUUAUACACCACUUUUCAUAGGCAGGAAUAUAUUAGGAUUGAGAGCCAAGACAAAAUUGUUCACCAGUCUAAGCUGACUCUAACCAGCAAAUGUUAGCAUUUGGGAAGAGGUCUCUGGGGCCUGUUUCUUUUUAGCUACUAACUGAGCAAAGAGGCACCUUUUCAAAUGGUGAUUCUCUUUAUAUUUAGCAGGGGGAGAGCAACUGGCCCUAUCCAUCCCCAGUACAGCAUGCCUCCAGUGGUUGUUGCUGGCAGUAACCUUGUGUUUCUUUUUAGACUUUUAGGAUAGGGAACCAACUUAUUUAUUUUUCUCCGUUUCUACUGCUUUUUUAUGCGUUCUUCCAACAACACUCAGAAGUUGUUGAAAAGCAGUAUAUAAAUAUUCAUAGUGGUAAGCUGAUACUUUCCCUGUCUUUAAAAAAAAAAAUUUAAAGGUAAGAUACAGUUACCAUCUUAUUUAUCUAUUCUUUAUCUUUCUAUGUAAACCAAUUUGGAAACUUUGUUGAAACGUGGUAUAUAAAUAGUAGCAAGUAGAAAAAGGAGGAGGAAAUGUCUCAUUUGCACAACGAUAAAUAUGAAUUGGGCACAAUAUAUGAUACUUUUGCAAAAGGAAAUGAAUCAUUUGCGCAGAAUAUAAGUAAAGCGCAGUACAGUCACACAUCCACACCCAGGUCAGCAAGGUAGGUAACAUCAGGAGCCCACAACAGGAGAUGUCCAACCAUCCUCCUGAGAAGGCCCAUUGGAAAGGAAAUGCCAGAAUUUUGAGAGAAUACUUAGGAACAUAGGAAGCUGCCAUAUACUGAGUCAGACCAUUGAUCUAUCUAGCUCAGUAUUGUCUACCCAGACUGGCAGUGGCUUCUCCAAGGUUGCAGGCAGGGAUCUUUCUCAGCCCUCUCUUGGAGAUGCUACCAGGGAGGGAACUUGGAACUCAGAGAGGCUCCAUCCUCUGAGGGGAAUAUCUUACAGGGCUCACACUUCUAGUCAGAACAGUCCUGUCAGAACACUUCAGAACAGGGGUUCUCAAAAUUGAGUCCCCAGAUGUUGGACUACCACUUGCAUCCUCCAACAACAUCUGGGUGGGGACCCACGUUUGAGGACACCUUGGUUCCUUACAAUUGGAGAAUCUGCUUAAAAGGUAUUUUUGGAGACUCGCGGGCCUGUUUUCUUCUCCAAAACAAGGGAGAGGUGGAUUGGCAUU